AUGAAGCGCAGCCCUGAAGAGGACCCCUUGGCCUUCCUCGCCCGACGGAAGAAGAGCCGCCCGAAGCCCCACGCCAGCAGCAGCAGCAGCAGCAGGAGCAGCAGCAGCAGUAGCAGCAGCAGCAGCAGCAGCAGAACAGCAGCAAGGGCCCCCUCGCACCUUAGAAGGGACAGUGUUGCUUCUGUUGCUUCUUCUGCUCUUUUUACGGAGCGGCGGCGCCGUCGGCCUAGCGAGGGGGACUCUGCGGACAGCAGCAGCAGCAGCAGCAGCCAAGCAGCAGCAGCAGCAGCAGCAGGACUGGGCGGCCCCAGCACCCCCAGCAGCAGCCAGUCCUCCUUCCCCUCUUGGUCCCAAAACCUGGGGGGCCCCUCCCAGGGGCCCCCCGGCUCUCAGGGGGCCCCCGGGGACUUGGGGGGCCCCCCUCAGGGGCCCCCCGAGUAUACUGCAGCAGCAGCUUUUUCAGUCCCUUUUGGGGCCUCUGUUGUGCUGCCUCCAAUUCCCCCCAGAGACAAUUCUCGCUGUUUGCUGCUCGCCGUGCAGCUGCCUGCCAAGGCUCGGCUGUCUCUGACGGGGUUAGGGGGCGGACUAGCAGCAGACAGAGAACUCAUUGAAGCGCUCGAGGACCUCCUAGAUCGUAGCGUGGCGCAGUCGAGGACGCUGCCGGGCCUGCAGGGCGCACUUUAUGAAGCCUUUGGGGAGCGGCUGCGGCAGCUGCUGCUGCUGCUGUUUGAGGCCCACCCAGAGGGGGGCCCCCCGGGGGGCCCCCUGGGGCCCCGUUUGGGUUUAGCCCGGAGUGGGGCCCCCCCGUUGCUGGCGCUGCCUGCUGCUUCUGUGCGGAGCGACGCUGCUGCAGUGUUUGCUGCAGCAGAGACCGGGGCCGCGAGGGCUGCUGCUGCUGCUGCAGUUGCUGCUGCUGCUGCUGCAGCCCCUGCAGCAAACCACUCCCGAGUCAUGCAGCUGCAGCAGCAGGACCUCACAGAAGCAGCAAUUGUUGCAAGAGGAGCAGCACGCGCUUUGGUCCACGAAAUGCAGCAGCAGGCCGAGGAACUCGUGGAGAUCUGGCCCCUCAGAAGGUAA